GACCGUAAAAAAAGCGUAGAUCCCCGAGGGUUUCUCUCUCUCUCUCUCUCUCUCACUCAUGAGUCAUGACUCAACCCCACCCUACUUGUAAUACAACCAAAAUGGGGAGCUUCGGAAGUAGCAGCGAGUCACAGCCACAGCCACAGCCUCAGCCUCAGCCACAGCCACAGCCACAGCCACAACCACUGCCACAUCAGCUUUUUACAGUAGGCACAGAAGUCGAGGUGAGCAGUGACGAAGAAGGGUUCAAAGGCUCUUGGUACAUAGCCACUGUUCUUGAGUCCUCUAUUUCCAAGAAGCACAAGAGAGCUCGGGUCGAGUACAAGACUUUGCUAACCGAAGAUGGGUCUGAGCAGUUGAAGGAGGAUGUUGAUUUGUCCUACGUGAGACCUUUGCCUCCCAAAGACGACGUUGCUAACACUAAGAAUUUCGUUGAAGGUGAGAUUGUUGGUGCUUAUUGUAGAGACGGUUGGUGGACUGGUGUGGUUAAGAAGGCUUUGGGAAAGUCGAGGUACAGGGUUUUCUUUGAGAACCCACCUGAUGUGAUUGAGUUUGAGGUUAAGGAUUUGAGGGUGCACCUUGAAUGGCUUGAGGGGAAGUGGCUUCCGCCUGCAAAGCAGAAAAAGGCAGAGUCAAUUUUUAGCUCAGGAACGGAUGUGGAAGUGAAUAUCAAAAAAGAAAAUUUACGUGAUGCUUGGUUCCCUGCAAUUGUCAUUAAAGAAAACGAGGAUGACACAUUCAUUGUGAAGUGUCAGAGCUCGAGAAAUGGUGAUGAGGCUGGGCUUGAGAAGAUUACUGUAGAUUUACUUCAUAUUCGGCCUCGUCCUCCACAUCCUCCUGUGAACAAGAGAUAUGACGUGUUGGAAAAAGUGGAUGCAUUUUGGGACUUCGCUUGGCGGCCUGGUGUGAUUGUGAAACUUUAUACUGAUACAAGAUAUCUUGUCUUUUUCAAGCUUGCGAAUGAGAAUAAGAUAAUUAAUCAGUCAGAAAUAAGACCCCAUGUGGAAUGGAAAGAUGGAAAAUGGGAUACAGGAUCAGAGGAAGUACUGCCUGCUUCAGAUGUUCAAGAACGGUCAGGACAUGCUCAAAACAAUACUGGUAGCCCUGUGAUAACCACUCAAAUUGAAAGUUCAGGUGUUGCAAAGGAUAAAAUUGAAAAUAGAACCCCUCCUUCUACAAAUUCUGUGAAGAGUUUGAUGGAGCAGCAUCCUAACGAAGGAAAAGAAGUUACUCCUGCCUUGACCCCAAGCAUGAAGACUAUAAAAUUUAAAGUGCCCACUCCUAAUGGUGAUGCUACACGGACACCUCCUUCAAAAAAGUUGAAAACAGAGAAUGCUGCUGAGGCCCCAUUAUCCAUUACAGCAAGUCAGUCAAGGAAGACGCCAAGCAAAGUAUCAAUGAAAGUACUUUCUGGAAUGGCUACUCCAAACAGUGGUGGUAAAGGAUCAAAAUUAUCAGGUGUCAUUGGGAAUCAACCUUCUUCUAAAACUGAGAGCCUUGGUAGGCAAAGGAAACCUUGGACUAAGCAACGGGAGCUUGGUAAAUUGGACAAUCCAAGACCAAAUCCUGUAAAUACAAAAAGAAGAUAUACAAAGACACCAGUUAAAGACCCACUGACUUCAGCAUCAGCACAAUCCGAGAGAGAGAGAGAGAGACUGGUGUGCUUGCUGCGAGAGAGAGAGACUGCUACUGUGCCGAGACGACGUCGCGCCUACUGCCAUGCCCAAUCGAGGGAGACAACUCCUGUGCCGGUGAUGCAACUCCGUGUUGGUAAGAAAGGCAAUGCAAGUGGUGGCUCUGCAAAAGAAAGUGAUCAGGCGGGUGUAAAAAAAGAAGCUGGAAUACCUUUUAUCUUAGGGUUAGAAGCUAAGGAGAUGGGAGGUUUAGUCUCUGGAAAUCCUCGACAUCUUUCAAAGAAGAAGAAUACAAAUCAUUCAACAAAAGACAAGGGCAUCAUGGAGAUAGAUCAGCAGAAAUCUGGGGGAAGCAGCAAUAAAAGAAAGAGAGGAAGACCACGUAAAUUAGUAAUCACAAGCUCAGAAGCUUCACUGGGAGGUCAGGAGCAGAAUGGAGUUGGAGGUGCUGCUAAUGAAACUGAUGUAAAAGAUCAUCUAACUCAAGAAGUUGCUUCAGAUAUGGUUAAAGGGGAGCAGUCUACAGACUCUCAUGAUGCCUCCAGAAGAAAAUUAGCUGAAGUUUCUGGGACAAAUUGCACGUCAAAUGAUGCUGUUAUGACAAGGGUUGACAAUACUGAUGAUGAUGAUCGACCUCUAUCAGCAUGGUUUGGAGUGCAGAGUCCACCAAAUGUCAAUGAGCCAAGACCAUUGUCUGCUGGAACUGCUGAUGAACGCAGUGAAGAAAGAGAAGGACCAGUUGAUGGAACUGCUGAUAAACUCAGUGAAGCAAGAGGACAAGUUGAUACUGCACAGCAAGUUCCUGCAACUGUUGAUACUGAACAGCAAGUUCCAGCAACUGUUGAUACUGAACAGCAAGUUCCUGCAACUGAUACAACAGGUGACUCUGCGUUGGAUGAGAAUAGAAGCUUGCCAUUUGUGAAGAGCUCGCCACUCUGGAAGACAAUUGAAUCUAUGGAAAUAUUUAAAGCAUUGCCACAAAAUCCACAUUUUCGUCCUUUGGUUAAGUGUACAGAGGCAUACCGUGAGGGAUUGGCAAUUGGUAAUAUGGUAACUUUUUCCAGUCUGGUUGAGAAAAUAUCCAAGUUGCAAUUCGGUGAUCCUAGAAGCAUUUUCGAUAGCUAUUUGGAGGGUCUUCGUGACUUGGAAAAGCAGGGAUUUGAUGUUACACUUUUAAGAAGCCGUAUCAAUGAAAUGAUAUCAUUUAAAGGUAGGGAAGCACAGAUUCUGAAUGAGUCAAAAGAUGCUGAGGGCAAGAUAUUGCAUUUUGAUCGUGAGAAAGCAGAAAUGGCUGAAGAGAUGGCCAAUAUUUCUAAGAAGAUCAUUGAGUUACAGGAAAAACGUGCAUCAAUCGAGUCAGAAAUGGAGAACAAGAUACGUGAAAUUGCCAGUUUGCAGAUGCAUGCAGAUGCAAUCAAGGAAGACAUUCAGAACAACCGGAUUAAUUUUGAGAAGCUAGCUGCUGCCCCUUGGAAAUCAGGGUGAUAUCCUCCAAGAUCCUGUUGUCUCCCUUACUGUUCAUGACCCCAAUAGUGCUGCAUAACUGUAAUGGUAGUUGGUUUAACUCCACAAGUUUAGAGUAUUGGCGAUAGAAGUAGGCAUUUGUUUUGACUCCAACUACGUAUGCUUUUAUGACUUCCUUUUAGUUUUGUAUCUAGCCUUAAGAUAUCACAUACUGGAUGAUUGAUGGCAGGUUUAGACUGGUUAGUGAUUGAUUGUAUUUGGGCUCUUGAUUAUAUAUAUCUGAGUUUUUAUGGUA